UAAUCAACGAAAAAGGAACACGUGACUUGUGAUUAUUUCUUAUCUCGCUAAAGUUUAGGAAAAUAACAUUAUUAAUUGCGAGUAUUUCUCGUUAAAAACAGCAAUAUGAAUUCGAAAAAAAUUCCUCGGGUACUUUCGAUCCAAAGUCAUGUAGUAUCAGGAUAUGUUGGUAAUAAAAGUGCUACAUUUCCUCUGCAAUUAUUAGGUUUUGAAGUAGAUGCUAUUAAUUCUGUUCAAUUAUCAAAUCAUACAGGAUAUAAAGUUUUCAAAGGCCAAGUACUUAAUGAUAAAGAUUUAGAGGAAUUGGUAAAUGGUUUGGCAGAAAAUAAUUUGGAUCAUUAUACUCAUCUACUUACAGGAUAUAUAGGAUCUGCAUCUUUUUUGAAUAGAAUAGCUUUAUUAGUUAAAGCAUUAAAACAAAAGAAUCCUAAUCUUAUAUAUGUAUGUGAUCCUGUUAUGGGUGAUAAUGGUAAGAUGUAUGUUCCUAAAGAAUUAAAAGAUAUUUAUAAAAAUAAGAUAGUUCCCCUUGCAGAUAUUGUAGUUCCAAAUCAGUAUGAAACAGAAUUGUUAACUGAUAAAACUGUUAAUAGUUUGGAUGAAUUGGAAAAUAUUAUAAAAGAAUUACAUAAAAUGGGACCACAAACUGUAGCCGUAUCAUCUGCAGAAAUGAAUAAUAAAAUAUUAGCAAUUAUCAGUUCAUUGAAAGACGAUGUACAACUUAAGGUUGAUAUUCCAAAAAUACCAUUAUCUUUUACUGGUUCUGGAGAUCUAUUUGCUGCUCUAUUUCUUGCUCAUACAUAUUUACAAGAAGAUAUUAAAACUGCCACUGAAAAGACAAUAAAUUCUUUACAAGGCGUUCUUUUUGAAACUUUUAAAUCAUUUCAAGAACAUAAGGAGGAAAAGACACAAUUUGCAGAAAGAAUAGAAUUACGCUUGGUACAAAGCAAAAGGCAUAUUGAAAAUCCUGAAAUUAAAUUACAUGCCGAAUUUCUAUGAUGAAUGCAUUGCAAACCAUAUCUAUAUAUACAUAUACAUUGACAAUAUAAAAUGAUAGAAAAAUUAUAUUUUAUUAAUAUAUUAUAAAUGAAAUAAAACUUAUUACGAUAUA